CCCACUUAGACAGAGUCACCAGCACCAACUGGGCAGGCUGAGAAUGGAGAAUAGGAGAUAUUCCCUGAGUGGGGAUGGAUCUGAUAUCUAGCUGUUCUUACCACUUCCACUCAGGCCCCCAGAAUGGAGCAGCCAGAGCCUCCAGCCUGCACAGCAGCUGGGCAGGAGGAACAGGAGCUGCGGGAACGGGCCUUCUUCUCAUGGGCAGAGUUCAGCUGCUUCUUCGACGCAUGGUGCCAGCAGCGGCUAGCACUCUUCUUCGUCAAGAGUUCCAUGCACCUGGCACGCUGCCGGUGGGCCAGCACACCCCAACUCUACACUCUCAUCGAUGUGCUCAAGUACAGCUACGUACGGCUGGUGUGCAAGGAUGUCCGUGCACCCGCUCGGCCCACCGUGGGGCCCCCCCAGCGCGGCUGCCCGGCCUUCAUCAUCGUCAAGCUGAGCCCGCUGCGGGACCGCCUGGUAGUGACGGAGUGCCAGCUGACCCACUCGCACCCAGCCUGCCCGCUAGAGUUCGCCUAUUACUUCCGCCCAGGCCACCUGCUGGCCAACUCCUGCCUGCCUGUGCGUACCACCAACCAGAUCUCCAAGCAGUUCGUGGCCCCGGAUGAUGUGCGCCGCCUGCUCUCCUACUGCAAGGGCCGUGACCACGGUGUCCUGGAUGCCCUGCACGUGCUCGAGGGGCUCUUCCGUACGGACCCUGAAGCCAAGGUGAAGCUGGUAUUCGUGGAAGACCAGGCAGUGGUGGAGACCGUGUUCUUCCUUACGUCGCGCACCAGGGCGCUACUGCGGCGCUUCCCGCGCAUUCUCCUGGUGGACCGCCUGCCAGGGCUGCAGGGCGCGCUGGACUUGGUGGCCGUGCUGUGCGUAGAUGGCGCAGGGCGCGCUCGCCAGGCUGCCUGCUGCGUGGCGCGCCCAGGCACGCCAAGCUUGCUGCGCUUCGCGCUCGCUUCGCUGUUGCAAAGCGCUCCUGACGUCAAGGGCCGCGUGCGCUGCCUCACAGCUGGGCCUGAGGUGGCAGCCCAGCUGCCCGCCCUGCGCCAGCUGUUGCCCUGCGCGCGUGUGCAGAUCUGCCGAGCACAGGGCCUCGAGACGUUGUUCAGCAAGGCACAGGAACUGGGUGGCGCCGGCUGCGAGGACCCCGGCCUAUGGCCGCGCCUGUGCCGCCUGGCUGGGGCAUCAUCGCCCGCCGCCUACGACGAGGCCCUGACGGAGCUGUAUGCCCACAGCCCAGCCGCCUUCGUCGACUACUUCGAGCGUAACUGGGAGCCCCGCCGGGACAUGUGGGUGCGCUUCUGCGCCUUCGAGGCAACCCGGGACCUGGACGCGUGCGCCCUGGUCCGCAGUCACCGCCGCCGACUGUUGCGUCGCCUUAGCCCCUCGCUCAGCGUGGCUCAGUGCCUUCGCGACCUGGUGGCCAUGCAGUGGGCUGAUGCGGCUGGGGAGGCAGCGCCCGAGGGUCCUGACGGAGGUGGGGAGUGGCUGGAGGGUGAAGCAGGGACAGGGGUCCAGGUGGAAAAUGAAAAAGUGAGGAACUUGGAGACCGGGGAGCUGGGAAGGGCUCUGAAAGAAGGAAGUAUUUGGAGAGGGCCACAGAUGGAGAAAGAGAGGGCAAGAGGACUCGAGAUCACAGAGAGGGGCGGGACUCAGUUAGAAAGCGAGAAGGGGAGGGGGCUACAGAUCAGAGAUUGGAGAGGAGUCCAGUUGGAGAACCGGAAGGUGAAGGGGCUAGAAGGGAGUGUCUGGAGAGCGUCCCAGUUGGAGAAAGAGCACUUGAAAGGGCCAGAGAUCAGAGACUGGAGGGGGGACCAGGAGGAGGAGCAGGGCCUAAAAGGAUUGGAAGGGUUUACCUGGAGGACGGCCCAGUUGCAGGAUCGAAGGAGUAGGCUAUUGGAGAUCCCAGAUCACAAGGGGACCCAGUUUGAGUAUGAGAGGGUUAGGGGUCUUGAAGGAAGCUCCUGGAGAAGGGCCCAGCUGCAUAAUGAAAGGGCAAGUGACUUGAAAACCAGAGAGUGGAAAGGGCCCCAGAUGGAGGCAGAGAAAGGUAGGGGGCUGGGAGUCAGAAACUGGAGGGGGACCCACUUGGAGAAGCCCCUGGCCCUGGAGUUGGCCCCUGAGAACGGAGAGCAAAGGGGGCCCCAGUGGGGAGAUGAAAAGAAGAGAGGGCCAGAUAUUGCAGAUGAGAGGGGGGUGAGAUUGGGGGUCAAAAGAAGGGGCUUCGAGGACAUAGUUUUGGUCCAGCUGGAGGACACAAGGGUUACAGGUGUGGAGAAUGGGGAUGGAGGAAGAGCCCAGUAUUUGAGUGCCAAGAGCAGGGCAGGAAAAGGGAUGGAGUGGGAAGAUAAAGGAGGGAGGUGUCUGGGGCUAGGGAAUGGAGCUGUUUGUGGUGCUUACAUGGGGACUGUAUGUGAAGGCCAUCCAGAAUGGGCAGUGACAAGGAGUUCUGCAGGUGAGAACCUGCAGGAAGGAGGCGAAGGAGAAGGCUCAAGGGAACCAAAGACUCUCUGCCAGGCCUCAGGAGAGGAGGAGGUGGAUUGGGAGCCCCUGGCCAAAUUCCGAGCAGCCUGUGGACCAGAGCUGGCAGACCUAGUAGCUGAGGAGCUCACCUUUGCCAGGCAGCAUGGGACCCGGGGUUUCCACUGGACUGGAGCUGGCUUUGCCCUUAAAGAUGGCACCUCAGACUUCUAUCUGGAUGGGGCCCUGACGCGCUGCACCUGCUCAAUCCAUGCAGCGCGACGUCUGCCCUGCCGACACCUCUUUGCAGCACGCCUCCUCACUGGCGCAGCCUUAUUCCAUGUGGACCUCCUCAGGGAUUGCUGGGGGAGAGCCCCAGAGCCCUGACCCUUUGGGUCCCUGACUACCUCACUCCACUGUGAGUGCAGGAGGGCUUUCUUCUAUCCCAAAGAUAACAGGGCUGAGGCCCAGGAGACCAGCCCAGUCCCUCUGGCCACCUCUUGGGUCAUCCAGGAACCUCAUCUUGGCAGUUUGCCUCUCUGGAUCCAAAGGGAAGCUGACAUAGGUGGGGGAGGUGUUGAUGACCAGGGUGGAUUCUGAGGGCUUCCCUCAGGAGAGGAAAUGUAUCUGAGAGGUGUAGACAGGGUCAGGCUAAUGCAGAACGAAGGAAAAGGGGGUGGGGGGGUGCUGGACAACAGGAGAAAG